GUGCGCGUGGCUUCACUGUCGCCGCUGCUCAGAUUCCCCGCAGAGAAAAUGGCGGCGCUACGAGCUACGGUGCUCUCGGGCAGUGGGAGAGCGCUCCUGAGCACCCCGAAGACCAUCAAGACUCCCACGGCAAAAAUGUCCUUCUCGGCUCUCCCACGGGGCAGGAAGGUGGCCCUGACCACGAUCGGGGUGCUCACAGCAGGAGGAGCAGGGCUGGCUCUGGCUCUCCAUCAAUCGGUUAAAGCCUCCGAUCUGGAGCUGCAUCCGCCCCAUUAUCCAUGGAGCCACGCGGGGCCCCUGUCCGCGCUCGACCACGCCAGCGUGCGCCGCGGGUACCAGGUGUACAAACAGGUGUGCUCGGCCUGCCACAGUAUGGAGUAUCUGGCCUUUAGAAACCUGGUGGGAGUGUCGCACACGGAGGCCGAGGUCAAGGCCAUCGCUGAAGAGGCCGAGGUGGUGGAUGGACCUGAUGAGAACGGCGAGAUGUUCACUCGUCCUGGAAAACUGUCGGAUUAUUUCCCCAAACCGUAUCCAAACGCUGAAGCCGCACGAGUGGCCAACAACGGAGCGCUGCCCCCGGACCUCAGCUACAUCGUCAACGCCAGGCACGGAGGAGAGGAUUACGUGUUUAGCCUGUUGACUGGUUACUGUGAGCCGCCAGCAGGGGUCAGUGUGAGGGAGGGACUCUAUUAUAACCCCUAUUUCCCAGGACAGGCUAUUGGCAUGGCCCCGCCCAUCUACAACGAGAUCCUGGAGUACGAUGAUGGAACUCCGGCCACCAUGAGUCAGGUGGCUAAAGAUGUGUGCACGUUCCUGAGGUGGGCCGCUGAGCCAGAGCACGACCAGCGCAAACGCAUGGGACUCAAGCUUCUCAUGGGCGCAGCUAUCCUCACUCCUCUCCUUUACUACAUGAAGAGGCACAGGUGGUCCGUACUCAAGAGCAGGAAGAUCGCCUACAGACCUCCAAAAUAAAACCACUCAACUCCCAGACCUUCAAAAUAAGUCGUCACAACACAACUACCAAAAAAAAACUACGAACAACUUAAACCUGUAAACCACAAUGUGACCAAACACCCCACAACAUCACAACACUGACACGAAUCUCCCUUUUAGUAUUUUCAAAACGUGUUAUAAAUAUUUCAUCUUCCUUUAUAUGCCUUUAUUUUGAUGUUGUGGGGUUUUUGUGUGCAUUGUCUUAAAAGUGCUGGUUUUCCACAGUGGACUAGAAUUAUAUUAAAUCUAUUUACAACUACGGUUUUGCGUUUUAAGUCGACCUUUAUCAGGACCCAAGAAUAUUUUUAGUGUAAGAAUGAGAAAAUUGUAAAGAGCAGAGUGGUCAUCGUUUGAGCAAAUGUACGAGAGCUUCUAUUUGAUUCUGCUAAAUGUGUUUCAGUCCUCCCACCUACGCUGUGUCAUGUAAAUAUUUAAUAAAGAUAAAAAAUAAAACACAA